GCGGCGGAAGUUCUCUCUUUAGGUCCUGCAGACUGGGCGAGAUGAUGUCUCCCGGGUCGUGGCGGCUCUGCGUCCUCCUGUGCAACCUGCUGCUGGGGCAGGCGGUGGCCCCAAACCCCGUGGAAACGUCAGAGGGGAGCCGGCCGUAUGCGGUGCUGCGCGGGCAGAACCUCGUGCUGUUGGGGACCAUUUUCAGCGUCCUGCUGGUGGCCAUUAUCCUCAUGGCGUUUUGCGUCUACAAGCCCAUCCGGCGCCGGUGACUGCCUCUGGGAACAGCCCAUGUGGUGUUGCUCAAGGGCCAGUGGAGAAGUUGGAAUCAGACCUCGCUGGUGACCUCUGGUGUGGACAGUUAGUGAAUGCUAAAGGAUUUGGAGAAACCUCACCUAGUGAUGUUUGUUUGUUUUGUUUCCCUUCCCCCAUAACACUGUGAUGCAGAUAACGGGCCAUGAGGCUGCUUCUCAGUACUUCUUGUAAUCACUGUUAUGAAGUGAGCCUGCAGCUAGCUCCAAGGGUCAGUGGAAGCGCCCUGCACAGUACUAACCGCUAAGGUUCGAUAUGACAGCGAGAAGACGACGUGUCGAGUGGAUGCAAUCCCUGCUUCAGAGCCGCACGGCUGCCAGUGCCUUUCCCCGCAUCCUGUAGAUC